AUGAAGCCACACGUGCGAAGAGCUGUUCUAGCAUAUCUAGCCUUAGCGCUCUUUUAUCUCGUGAAUAACCUAUCCUUAUCAACUGCACAAGACGACUGUCUUCCAGACAUUGGUGGAAGCGGAGAUUUGAAGUCUGUUGUCCUCAACAUACAGACAUGGGAACACCGAUCGUCCAACUUCCAUGUGAGUAUGAAUUAUUGCAACAGUAUUCUUUAGCUUUUUACCCCUAGUAAGAUUCACAAAAAGCCUUAGUUUUGUCUUGUGAAAUGCUGUAAAACGAAAAAGAGUCAUUCAGCAAAAGUGCUCGUUGUUUGCCACUGAUUCAAGUAUUUCUACGGACGAAGAGGUUUCAUUCAGAUCAGUCACAUCAUCACCAAUUCUCAGGUUUCUAAUUACGCAGACUUCAAUCGGCAACCCAAAACUGUGUUUGGAGUUCUUAUAGGUUUCCUCACCAAAUUUUACUCUUAUUGAAUCAGCAAAUUAUUACUGAAGGAAUUGCAAAUGAUACAACGGAUUAUUCUUACUGAGAUCGUGAAAGAAGCUUAAGGUAUCAGCCACCCUUCAGGACAGUCCGCGCGCGGAUCGCUGUAGCGUUAGUUGUUUUUAUAAAAACCCCUAUAAACCAUAUAUUUUUUAAAAGCUUAAUAAUUCCAGAUUUUGGAAUUGAACUAACAAAAACGAUUUACUUAAAUGUGUUUCGAAAUUGGAGCGCUUUGUGUAAAAGUACACGUCUCUAUAAAUCAUGUUCCAUUCCCGCCGGAAAUAAACGGAAGAAAACAAUUAACACCGCAUUCGCUUCUCAACACGUUCCACUAAAAAACCGUGUCUCAGAUUUUUGACAAGUGCGUUUGUUUUUCUUUUAUUAGCAAAUGAAGUUGGGGAAGGCAAUUAGUCAACACUCUCUGUGGAAAAAAAGCUCUAGCUUUAAAAUGAAAAGGAGUAUUAAAAUUCGCAGACACGGUUUUGUAGAAGAGAUAUAUGGCAUCACUCUGGCCAAAUUUUAGCCAAAUUGAUUGAAAGGCUGCCGACUUGGAGUUCAAAACGUACGAGUCCAUCAGCAAAAGUUGCGUUCGGAGAUAAAAUAGAAAAUACAUUUUUGGCGGCAUCCUACCUGGAAUGAGAUUAUAACACCUAAAUGUUUAUUCUGAUUGAUAUCAGAGAGGGAUCAAUUUUCUCUAACAAUAGGACUUUGACAGGUAACAUGUAACAGGAACAAACUUUUUAUUGCUAUCAACAUCUUCAAGUGAACAGUUUAAUUCUCCGUUGGAAAACUUCCACUCUUUUACACCACGAGAAGCACGGUUUAAUUCUUUCUCGAUCGCCAGGCCAAGGAAACUAAAAAACUUUGAAGCCGCCGAAUGCCCACCACCGAUUGCUCGAAGGCCAAGAACUGAGGCCCGGUUUAUUGCAAACGCUCUGCUCUUCUCGGAAGAAUUAAAAACAGAAUUUGUCUUGUGCGACGGCCAGCUUUCAUUCUCGCACUGGAUUCUCCAGGUAGAACCAAGUCCAUGCUUAGUCGCUACAUUUUCCAUGACUUGGACUCUUCCCUGGCAAAAUCGACAAGAUACAGACUCGUCCAGUUUCUCAAGCAGCUUUUCGCUCAAUACGAUACAGUAAACACCCGCAUAUAAGAACACACGAUUUUGGAGGUCAGGCUGAUUGAGUUCUUAUUUAUCGGGUGCUUAAUGACAAAUCAGCCUCAAAAUGUUCUUAAAUUUUUAUUAAGUAAUACUAUCCAAAACAUGUUGCUAGAGGUAUAUUUUAAGCAUAUUUUAGCAAAAUAAAAUAAAUAAUUAUCCACUAAUUUGAUCAUAUUAUAUAUUAUAUUAUAUCAUAAACUUACAUGCUUUGUAAUCAUGACACUUUUUCCAUUUUAUAAGAACAAGUUACAAUUUUCAGGUUAAUCUUGUUCUUAUAAAAAUGGGGCUUUAUUGGCUAAAUUUCAGCCUGGUGUUCUUAAUCCGCUUGUUCUUAUAUGCGGGUGUUUACUGUAGCUCGACCGCUCAUUGUUUUCCACGUUCCAUCAGUAGAUGGGGUCGAUGAGCUUAAUUGGCUUUCUUCAUCUGGUUCCUUAAGCUGGAUUUUGGAGCGGCUUGCACUCUCAGCAACUGCAGCAUUUUCGCUUUUCUGAAUAUCCAACUCUUCGAGCCACUUCUCUUGCUGAUAAAAUGAGCCUUUGUCGCUCUCUGCCAAUUUUGCGGCCCAUUCUUUGUCAAACUCGCUCUUCGAUUUCUUUUUCGCUCUCGGUUUCGAUGACGAAAACGGACACGACCUUUUCUUUUUUUUUUGGCGGCAUUUUCACCGAAGCAAACGCUAAAUAUCCACGGAGAAUACUAAAGGCGUUUUGUGUCGAAGCACGCACUCGGUAUCACGUAACUAGUUCACAGGCAAGUUAAUUGAUAUAUGACACGGGUAUGACAGAACUUGUUAACGAUCAAUUAAGAUAAUUAACGAGAAAAAAUCUUUUACCCCCGAUAUCUUUCGACAGAAAUAAUAUUUUCUUCUGAUUUUUUUUUUUAAAAGAAAGCUCUCAAGCAUAUCUAUUUGAAAACGUUGAAACCUCAAAUAUGGAAAAAUGGCAAUUUUAAGGGUGGCUGAUACCUUAAACGCACUCGAGCGAGAGCAGCGGGGGCGGUGGCCUUUGAUCGCCUGUGCAAAUGCCAAGUCUGCCAAGUGCCAAAAGGCUAGAGUAAUCAAAAUAACAAAGAGAAGAUAGCCUGCGUAGAAAGCGUUUCCUCGCGAGGUUCGUCUAGAAAGCUGUCGAUUGGAAACGCUUGCUACGCAACCUUUUUUUGCUUACGCUCUAACUUUCGGGCAAUAACUCGAUUGGAAACGCUUGCUACGCAGGCUACAAAGAAGAUUGUGUCAAUAGCAAAAUUUUUGAAUCUGUUUGGUUCUCAGCAGCCCAGUUAUUUAUUGGCUGAUACAGGACCAGAGCUGUCCAUUUUGACCUGUCCGAUUAGAAGCUGCUUGUAAAUCAGACAGGUCAAUCGGACAGUUGAACAACCAAAGAAAAUCGAGCAUCAAAAUAAUGUUGCUAGCCAAUUUUGUACUCCACUCUCAGGGGCGUAACGCAAGGUUUUGAAGGUGUACGCGCGGAAAGGAAGGUUGGACCUCCGUAUGUAUUGCAAACUAGGGGGUUCUGGGGGCAUCCUCCCCCAGAAAAAUUUUUCAAAUUUAGGGGCUCAGAAAUACUAUUUCCUGCGUUUUCAGCAGGACAUUUAUUAGUAAAUCAAUACGAAGGACAAUGCAAUAAUUAGUUGUUUAAUUUUCAUCUCUAGUCUACCCUUCAGACGGGUAAAGACACCAAUAUAUGCGAAAAAUUUAUCAAUGGCCUCGAUUUAAUUGUAAAAAUGCUUUCAGGAAAUAAAAAAAUACAUAUUCUCCAAAUUUCAGCUGUACGCACGGGUGUGGGGCGAAGGAUUUGAGGCUAAACAGAGAGCUUGGUCACAGGCUACCCCUCAUUCUUACGCGUCGCCUACCAUCGCGAUAGGCGACCCGUGCAUUUCCGAUAUAUUCUGUAAUUUCGUAGUAAGCAAUCAGAGAGGUGUUUGUCCAGAAAAGGGUAUAUAACUAACUGAGUAAUUAUGCUCAGUUGUAGUAAAGAAAUAGUCUUCGAUAGGAAAUGAUAUUCACUGGUUUGGAAUAGGCAGGAUGUGGACUUUUGGCUUCAAGCCGGUAUUGCGUGAUAAGGUGGCCAAGACAAUCAAUUCCUUUUUCUACACAAUUUUCAUGAAAAAAUAGUUCAAGUCACCAGUGGAGUAGUCUCCUACGCAGACGUUCUGAAGGGUUCAGGAACGCGUGACGAACCCCUAAGAACGUUUGCGUAGGAGGCGGCCAGUGGAUAGAAAGGAUUUUUGUUCUAUCUUACCCCCAUGGCUGCCGAGACGUCAACCACAAGCCAGCAAUAGAACAACUAAUCAAGAACGCAACCGCUUGCGUAGGGAUAAGUCCUGGAGAAGAUUCUGGUCGGAAAUGAAUAAGAAAACAAAAUGCAGAGCUCUGAAAGAUGCGCUCUUAUAUUUGGUAAGGGUUUGUAAUCGCUUUGGCUCCGCUAAACUUGUAUCGGGUUGCAGCCAGGAACGUCUUUUGUAGCUGAGUUUCUUGUGUCCAGUACUAAGAUAUUUUUUCCUGCCUUUUGUUGUUGGUUGCAGUUCGAUGAUCCAUUAAUGGUCUCAUCUAACACCUUCACGGUGUCAAAAGGUUCUGAAGUUUCCAGGCUGAGUGGUGCUAAUGUACGUUUCUACGGUGAAGAACUCUGUGUUGCCGUAACUAAAUAUACGGAAGUAGAACGGAACGAUGGAACGACAAAAAGUAGCUCUGAAUGUCUUAAAUCCUGUCUCAGCGUUGGCGGUGCAACACGCCUAGACACUUACUCCGGGACAUUUGGCAGACCUUCAUCCACUAACCCUCCAUGCUGUUACUCAGGAUUGAUUAAAUACCUCCGAUUUUCCAUCCCCGCACCCCCGACCACGCCUCCCCCCUCCUAUCAGUGCAUUGAAUGUUCCGACUGCGAUGGGGCUGGUACCAGGAUAUCAACUAUUACAUGCAAUGCCGGUGAGAAGUGCUUCACGUUGAAGUUGCAAAAACACCAGGAUGGCGAAGUGGUUACUGUCAAAGGCUGUUCUCACCACCUCCGGAACUGGGGCAAAAAUCUGUAUUGCGAGGAUCAGCCUGAGUGUAAAAGCAAUGUGCGACUUUGGCCGGAUGAAAGCCGCCACUAUAGUGUUUGUGUGUCCUGCUGCUCGGGAGAUAAAUGUAACGGCAAAAAAAGCGUUGGUUCUGGCGUUAGUUUUUAUGGCCACAAUCGACACAUGAUGAUUUUGGCUCUUAUUUUUGGUGUCUUUGUUAUUAGCUGA